UUAUGGCAAUUAUCCAGAGGGAGGUAGGAGUAGAAUCAGCCUUCUGUCUGCAGCUACUGAUUUACAGAACACACAGUGGACAGGAGUGAAGGAGGAGGAGAGAGAUUAAGAAAGAAAAAAGUCACAGUACACCUGAACAAGGAGUGGCUAAGCCUGAAAAACAGGAUCACGUUGAAGUUUCAACAUGGCGUUUUGACAAAACUCUGUUGAAAAGUGACUUUGUUUUGGAUUUUUUUUUUUUUAUAUUGAGUCUGAGAGAGUGUAUAUCUGAGCUCAAGAUCUGCACGGGGAAUCAUCAUGUUGAGAAGGAAGAAGUGGUACUGAAUCAAAGGAAAAAGGUCCCUCCUUACAUUUGGAAAGGAGAGAAGAUAAAGUCGCCUCUUAGCUCUCCGAGGAGUUGUCAUGGCAACGGCACCUCAAUUAACUAUUACAACAUUAUCAACAAUAAAUAUAACAACACGGUCACAGGAACAGAUUCUGUAUCAGAGUGCUGGUGCAAUAGUUGCUGCCAUUGUCGUAGGUGUCGUUCUUAUAUUUGCACUGGUGCUAAUUAUACUCAAGAUGUACAACAGGCGUACGAGGACAGAAAGAGAGCUGGGGAUGAAAAGCACCAAAAUCAUUACUAACCCUAGUACUAGAGGUCACAACAGCUCGCUCAGUUUGCCUACAUCUAUAACAUCUGUUCCACCAGAUAUCCACCUUGAGAAUCGAUGAGUUUGAUCUUUACCUCCAUUAUAUGAUGUCUGGACUUUCUUUGUUUAGAAUCCCUGCUCAUUUAGGACUCAGACUUGUGAAUGACGGAACUCCGAUCAACGCAGACAUUUCAAAUGUGAGAAAAAUGGUUUCUGUUAAGAGUCUGCUCUCCACCCUUGCAUUACUAUCAUCGUCAGAAUGUAGACAUGCAGACAACUAUCCCAGCUUGCAUGCAAUCAUUAAGCAACCAGUGUGUAGGACUUGAUAAUGCGUCCGUAAUAUUGUAUGACUCUUAUAUAACGUUGGGAAAUAAUUCUCAUUUCACAAAAUGUUUCUACUUUUCAUUUCUUGAUACAGUGGAUCCUCAUGUCCUCCAUUGGAAUAUGCCGCAAAGACUCAAAGGACACGAUGGAUUCAGUGAGUCAUACUUACUGUAUUCAGCCAGGAUCCUGGAUAGUUAUUGACUUACAGGCUGCUCAGCUCUAGACCUUUAUAUAUCAUAUGUAUUUAUAUUGAUAUGUAGAGAAAGAUAUGUACAGGUCUUUGGACAACAUGAUUUAUGUCUAUCUCAAACUGGCAAUAUAUUUUAUUUUCCUUCACUUUAUUUAAGUCUCCUUCCUUUCUUUACUGUCAUCUACCUCCUAAAUUUACAAACCUCGCUAAAUAGCAUCUGUGAAAGUGUAUUUUUUUAUUAAUAGUUCUGUCCAAAAAAUAAUUUGGUCAACACUGUGAAUGUUCCAUGGGGCUCCAUGACUGAAAGUGGAGGAAUUCAUUGUGAUAAUGCAAACAUGAAUCGUUGCUUGAAGUACUAUUUUAAAGAAGAUGUGGAAUUAUGCGCAGAGUCCUCAAAGGUGGCCUCCACUCAGUGGCGAAGUCUAAGUUAGGACAAAGGAAAAGCAGAUUUUUGUUGACAGUGCUUCAGUAUAAGUGUAAGUUAACAGAGCAUGGUUAUAGGGGUUUUAUUUCUACUUUUACAGAUGAGGGAGGUCAUUUGGGGUUGAUGAUAUUUUUUAACAGAAAGGGUUGAGGGGGUGGGGGGAAAGGACUAUAAUUUUCAGCUCUGGAUCCUUUACAGUCACUUUCCAGCCCUGUUUCUUCAGAAGAUUAGAACUAGGUUUCACUUAAAGGGAAUUGUGUCAAUAUUUUGUGCUAUGGUAUUUUUAUUAGUUUGUGCACUGUCAUUUUGUGUGUUUCUAAAUAUAAGUGAGGGCCCAAUAAUAAAAAGAUCUUCCAAGUGCAAUAAAGAGGCUCUGCUAUCUAAAAUAUGAUCACAUGAAACAUAUAUCUCACAUAGCCUUUGUACCAUCCUUCCAUUUCAGAACAUUUACCGUUUAAUACUUCUUGGCUACUGGUAAUUUGCAAAAUAACCAUUCUCAAACACAAAGACAAGAGAUGGAAACGUGAUAAUUCUACUCUAGAAUAACCGGUUAUAUUUUUCAUUUGUAAAUAGGAACAAUGACCAGUUUAUUUACAUUAUAUUUAUAUUUCAACAAUUGAAAAGUACUGGAAAUGUUCAGCAGCUGAUCUUUUUCUGCUGAUAUACAUAUAUAAGUAUAUCGAAAAAAAAUGUGGAAUGUUAAAUAUUGCUUCCCAGAAACAUAAAGUGAAUGCAUGGAUCUAUUAAUUUAGGUUCCAUUAAGGAUUAUAAUAAAUUAUUAGAAUGAAACAUUUUAA